AUGGCUGAGCGCAGUGCUUCUAGCCUUUGGACCGCUCUUAAGCAGCGGUUUGAGCGGCUGAAGUACACUGUGAAGCCACGUGCAGAGGCAGAGUGGAUCCGUCUGAGGUUUGCGGACUUCAAGACGGUUGGGGAGUACAAUUCGGCUCUGCACCGGAUUUGUACAACUCUUCGGUUGUGUGGUACUGAGAUUACCGACUCCCAGAAGAUUGAGAAAACCCUAUCCACUUUCCACCCCGACGCGGUCCAGUCCUCACGGAACUACCGCCAGGGGAACUACACGAGGUAUUCAGAGUUGAUUGACGUCCUCAAGGUGGCGGAGGCGCAGGACGAGGUUCUCAAAAAGAACUUUGUCGCGCAACCACUAGGGGGAGUUCUCGCCAGGAGGUGA